AGCAUAGUGUAGUACCUGGAAUCCUUCCGCUGACAUUUGAGUGGGGCUAGGCGGAUCCGGGUGACAAGCCCCGUAAACGGUACAUUUGGCCCUUAGCGUCCUACAGAGAGGCGUCUGGGAAAACCCAGUUCUUGGAACGAAGUUGUUUUGAGUCUGGAAACGGUUGGCGGAAGGAUCCUGUUGGAACUCUUUUUCUUCCAGAGGCGCGUCCUGCCGGAUCUUGUUGCGUAUAAAAUCGGAAACCCCGGACGACGACGCAUCAUUGUCUGGCUGCAAAAUACGAGUUGAAGUUUUUGUUGUGCGUUGCGUUCUGUUUCCCGGGGCGCGGCUCUGACGCGACGAAGCGAGGAGCGAUUUCGGGUUCCGCAGCCACCGCCGCCAUGGCAUGGUAGGUGCGGCAGUGCAAGCGGCGGCAUCGGCCAUUGCAGAGGUGCAGCAGCAUCGGCCGCGGCCUCGGCACCUUCAGGCGUCUGCAACCAUGGCGUUUUUCAAGGAAUUGCACAGCAGCUUUGCUGUAUUCGACAAAGACACCAUCUAUUUGUCUACAUUGUUAGACAACAAAGUACUAAAAUCUGGCCAAAAUGAGCUUCUCAAACACAGAGAUGUUGUUGGGGGAUUUUCUCUCCCCCUUCAACCAGCCGUGUUUGGUGGCUGAGGAGGGUCUGGGCCUCCUAGAUGACUACCUGGAGGUGGCCAAGAACCUCAGUUCGCAUGGGUUCUCCAGCGACAAGGCUAAAGUGGGCUCCUCUGAAUGGCUGGUUGUGGAUAGUUUGAACAAAGCCACAGACAACAGCCAGGAGGAUGCCUUCUCUGGCAUGGAUUGGAUGGUGGAAAAGAUGGAUCUGAAGGAAUUUGACUUUGAUGCACUGUUAGGUAUUGACGACCUGGAAGCCACCGUCUCCCCAGAUGAGCUUAUGGCCGCGUUGGAAGACACGUGUGAUCUAUUUGAACCUCCCAUCCAAGAAAUUCCCAACAAAGAAACUCCACUGAUAACAGAACCAAUUGUUCAUUCUCCCAAGUCUCCCCUUGGGGCAGACCAGGUGGCCCCACUGACCCCCUUGCUGCCAUUUCCCCUCUCUCCAGAGUCACUGAUUUCCACUGCAGACCAUUCUUUCAGUUUAGAAUUAGGUAGCGAAGUAGAUGUUCUUGAAGGAAACAGGAAAACCAAGGCCCAUAUUUUAGUAGUGGUAAUCCCCAAGUGUGAGAAAGAGGAUGAAGCACAUUCUGACAAUGAUAGUGGAAUAUGCAUGAGUCCAGAAUCUUAUCUGGGGUCCCCUCAGCAGAGUCCUACCACUUCUGUUAGUUCCCUCAGUGAUAGCCAAUCAGCUACAGUCCUGCAUGAUGGACCUGUGAGGCCCAAGCCUUACGAUCACCCUACAGAGAAGGCAGCAUCAAUAAAGAUGAAGGGAGAAAAGAGAGUAGACAAGAAACUGAAGAAGAUGGAACAGAAUAAGACGGCAGCUACACGUUAUCGGCAAAAGAAAAGGGCAGAGCAAGAGGCCUUGUCAGGAGAGUGUAGAGAACUGGAGCAGAAGAACGAGACUUUGAGGGAGAAAACAGAUGCCCUAAGCAAAGAAAUUCAGUAUUUGAAAGAUCUAAUUGAAGAGGUUCGGAAGGCCAAGGGUAAAAAAGUUAAAGUCCCAGAGUAGGGUAGUCGAGUAGAUGUUACAUGCAUGUAUGCAAGAGCUAAGUGCAAACAGCUGUGUAUUAACGCUUAAAUAAAUUAUUUUGUAGUA